AUGGUAUCCGGUCGUACUGAACACUUCAUUACUCAAAGCGGAAAAUGUGUUACCAACAAUAGUAUAAUCUUAUGGAAUGGAACCGAAAUAUCAAAGAAUUGUCCAUACAAAAGGAUUGGUAUAUAUGAUGGCGCACAUUUAUGGAAGCCAUGUAAUUAUAAUAACUUUACUAAACCUUAUCGCAUGGAUGACGAUAUUAUCAUCGAUAUGGGUCAAAGGACUAAAAAUUUGUUACCAGCUAUAAACAUAGUGCGUCAAAGAAGUUGUCAAAAUCGUAACAAUUCAUUGCCACAAAUUGGGUGGUUAUCGUCGUAA